AUGGGGGACUGGAACCUGUUGGGCAGCGUCCUUGAAGAAGUGCACAUCCACUCCACCAUAGUUGGCAAAAUCUGGCUCACAAUCCUGUUCAUAUUCCGGAUGCUGGUGCUGGGAGUGGCUGCUGAAGAUGUCUGGGACGACGAGCAGUCCGAGUUCAUCUGCAACACAGAGCAACCUGGCUGCAACAACGUCUGUUACGACAAGGCCUUCCCCAUCUCUUUGAUCAGAUACUGGGUACUGCAGAUCAUAUUUGUCUCUUCUCCGUCGCUAGUUUACAUGGGCCACGCGCUCUACAGAUUAAGGGCUCUCGAGAAGGAGCGACAGAAGAGGAAAGCCCACCUGAGGGCUCAGCUGGAAGACCUGGAGCCCAUGCCCGAGGAGCACAAGAGAGUGGAGAGGGAACUGCGCAAGCUGGAGGAGCAGAAGAAAGUGAACAAGGCACCCCUGAGAGGGUCCCUGCUGCGCACCUAUGUCCUACAUAUCCUGACCCGGUCGGUGGUCGAAGUGGGCUUUAUGAUAGGUCAGUAUCUUUUGUAUGGGUUUCACUUGUCCCCCCUUUACAAAUGCACUCGGCCCCCUUGCCCUAACUCGGUGGAUUGUUUUGUGUCCCGACCCACAGAGAAGACCAUCUUUAUGGUUUUCAUGAACAGCAUCGCCGCUGUCUCCCUCUUCCUCAACAUCCUAGAAAUCGCCCACCUGGGCCUCAAGAAGAUCCAGAAGAGCCUCUACGGGCGGCCGCGGCGGCCGGCGGGCCCCGUCGAGGAGGACACCAGCCUUUACAACUCCAAGAAGAACUCCGUGGUGCCGCCGGCCUUCCCGGCCAGCGACGCCUCCCCGCCGCGCCCGGCCGCCCUGCCGCCGCCGCCGCCGCCGCACGCUCCCGCUCCUCCCGCGGCUGCGGCGGGGCCGGCGGGCCGCCCUCCCGGCGGAGAGCCCCGCGGGGCGCCGCCGCCCCGCCGCCGGCACAGCGCGGCCCAGCACCACGGACAGCAGCCGCCGCCCUCCUCCAGCAGCGAGGAGGCGCCGCGGGCGGCGGCGGGCGGCGCCCCCGGGGCGGCGGGGGCGGCGGCGGCGGCGGGGGCGGCGGCGGCGGCCCGCAGGGUGCUCCGCAAGCACAGCCGGGUGAGCAUCUGCCGGGACCUGGAGGAGGAGCGCGACGACUCCCCGGACAGCGGGCACUGCCCGGGAACGCGCAAGUCCAGCUUCCUCUCCCGCGUCCUCACCGGGAGCCGGGCCGGCAGCGACAGCGAGAGCGCCGCCUCCCGCGGCGGCUCCGGACCCGGCACCGGCUCCGGCUCCGGCUCCGGCUCCGGCUCGGAGGGGAAGCGCCGGGAGGAGGGCAGCCCGCCCAGCAGCCCGCCGCCGGCCGCCGCCAUGGGACGCCGGGUGUCGAUGGCAAGUAGCGGCCCGCGGGGUGGCCCCGGGCGGGGGGCGGACGGGGGGUCCCGGGCAGGGAGGGCGCCCCGGCUGCCUGUCCUGGCCCCGGGACGGAGCGAGCGACCUAAGGGACAAGGAGGCUUAGGCAGGACCUCUGACACAGCCCCAACACCUCGCAGCCUCUGGGAUCAAGCUCAGUUCCCGCACACUUGA